AUGAGUGGUUUCCAUGGGAUUGGAUUUGCUUUUUUAUACGGACAGAGUAUUAUAAUUGUUGGAAAGUAUUUUUACAGACGUCAUGCAUUAGCUAAUGGGAUUGCCUAUGCUGGGGGUGCUGUUGGUAUUAUGGCCUUACCGCCAUUAUAUCAAGUGCUGAUCAAUAAAUAUGGGUGGAGGGGUGCAAUGAUUGUGAUGUCUGGAAUCAAUAUGCAUUCAAUUGUAAGUGGAAUGUUAAUGAGGCCACCACCAAAACAUGAUUCAAGUGAAACAUUGGAUACAAUGAAUAAUGCACCAAUAAUGGAUGAAACAUGUGUGAUCGAAUCAAAAGUUAAAAAAGAGAAAGAAGGUACACUAACGGAGACAAAUUACAAACAAUGCCAGGUUCACCAAAACAGAUGUGAUGAGUCUGAUGCCACAGAAAGAAAAAAUAUUGGUAACAGAAAUCCCAAGAAGCUAAGAACAAAAAUUGUUGUUAAAUUUGGAUUGUAUUUGUUCACCGAUUCUUGGUUCAACAUUCUCUGCAUUACUGCUUUUUUGAGUGCACUCGGACAUUUAGCAGUUAUGGCUCAUCUCAUAUCAAAUGCUGCAUCUUACGGAAUUCCAAAACUGGAUGCAGCAUUUUUAAUGACAAUCUUGGGGAUUGGUGCAUUAGGAGGAAGAGCCACUCAUGGAUGGUUUGUUGAUUUGGGACACUUUUCUCCAAUGUUUGUUGUAGCAGGGGCUUGGUGUGCUGCUGGGACAGUUGUGUUGCUGUUACUGAUUGCCAAUGGCAACUACAUAGUAUAUGCAUGUCUAUCUGUAUCCUAUGGUUUUUUAAGUGGUAUAGCUAUUCCACUGAAUGGUGCUGUGUGUAUGAAGGCCUGCCUGCCGAAUGAAACAUUUCCCACAGCAUUUGGAUGGUUUUUGUCGCUGCUUGGUUUAGGAAACUUGCUUGGACCUGUUCUAGCAGGUUGGAUUUAUGAUGCAACCUCCAACUACAAUAUGUCAUUUUUAUUGGCUGGCAUCAUACUGAUUCUGACAGGACUGCUCAUCUUUAUGCAAAUCAUUUACAAGAGAUGUCGAAGAAAAAAAUUAGGGAUGGAUACACAAGAAAAAGAAGAAUCGCUUUUGAGAAUUCCCGGAAACACAAUUACAUCCAGUAAUAGUGUAAUUCAGAAAGUCACUACUGUGUAG